AUGGCAAACAUCCCCGAAUCUCUUCCAAUGAGAUCGACGACUCAUUCGACCGGGAAGAACUCUCGACCCACAGGCUCAAUUCCUCCAAAGACCCAGACCCACCAUCCCAGGACCUCCUCGUCCCGAGCCUCGAUCAGCCAUCUCGCAUCUAACCAGCUACCCCAAUCCUACCAGCCUUUCAGUUCUACCUUCUCAAGUUCCGCUGUCCCCGAUCGACUCCACUUCCACAACAUAGCUAAUGGCGUCGUCAAGUCUCGUCAGGGCUCAGUUCUCAAUCGUGGCUCACUACUCAAGACCGAUUAUUUUGCCUCUGGUCGGGCCCAGUCCUUAACCCAUCAUUUGCAAGGCGCCCCAAACUUUCGAUCGGCUUCAUACAAUAUUUUCGGAACUGCUCAGCCCACCUUAGCUGGAAUUAAAACCGUCUUGGCCUUCCUUAAAUCACACCCAGCCGGGAGAAAGAAAUCUGUGUGGUUCUGUACUCGGGAGGAACCAGUAAUUUACAUGUCUGCUAGACCAUUUGUUUUGCGGGACUCUGUGAAGCCAACUCAAUGCGUCACGAGCAGUGAAAAUGCCGAUAACAUCGAAGCCAUCGAGCUGAGAUUGAAAACAGACAUUAUCAAAGAAUCUCAGAAAUAUGGUGGCUUAGUUUUAGUUCAUGAUGAAACAGUGGAAGGUGAUAUUUUACCUACUUGGAUUACGGCUGACGACGUCAAAACGACUCGGGAGAUGUGGGAGGAAGUCAAGUCUGAGGGUUAUCAUGUCGAGUACUACAGAAUCCCAAUCGCAAAUGAUCAGGCUCCCGAAGAUUCCUAUCUUGAUCGAUAUGUAGCCAUUCUUCGCACUAUACCCACAUCCACCAAUUUGAUCUUUAAUUGUGGGAUGGGACUUGUCCGGACCACAUUUGCUAUGUCGGCCGCAAUCAUCAUGCGUCGCAGACAGGUUAUCAAAGAGGGUGGGGAGGACUUAUUUGGGUUGGAAAGUGCUCAGGCUCCUGGGGAAACGCAUAUGGACAACUGCCCGUCACCCCUUCCCGAGGGUGGAAGCUUCGGUCCGGGGUUUAAGGCUAUCAAGGCCCUCACAAUACUUGGUGAACAGCAGCACAGGACGAGAAGCUUGCUAAGGUUGAUGCAGCUCUUGCAGCGCUCUUUGCCGACGGCCAGCCAACACUCAGUCAUGGAACUGCUGACCACUCAGCCAAACCUAUUGGAGAACCUACGGAAGGGCAUAUCGGGCGAGUUCGAUAUCGUGUUGUCUUUAGUGUCUAUCUUGGACCGCGGAAAUCUCGAAAAAGACUUGGUGGAUAUGGUUGUUGAUCAUUGUGAUGAUGUCGUUAACCUUAGAGAUGAGAUCUUAGAAGAUCGCAUCAAAUUUGCUAUUACGGCUACCACCGACCAAUCCUCGGCUACGCCUGAUGAAACAUCAGGCAAUCAUUACCUACGAAAAGCACUUUCAGGUUUGGAAAGAUACUUCUUUCUGAUUGCUUUUGCAGGCUACUGCAAUGAGCCUCCCAUGAGCUUUGUAGACACAUUCUCUCCGUGGCUCAAAACUAGGAGCGAAAUCUUGAACAUGAUCCUUCGGCUCAGACGGACUUCUCGACAAUACAUCUUCGCCCCUCUACAUGACCUUACUUCCCUCUCUAAAAGUCAUGUGGGAACAUUGGCCACUACGGCAGAAAUGAAGCUCAAUUUCAAUGACUUGGAACGGGCUGGUGGCGAAGUUGUUGGGAUGGAAUGGGCUCACCAUGUGGUUGACACUCGUCGAGGAAUCACUCUAAGGGCAGGAUUGAUAUUAAAGAGCGAUCAAUGGCCCACUCAAUUCCAUCAUGAUGACAGAGUGAUUCCGGGCGCAUUGAAUUUCCGAAAAGUGCCCGACGUAGCGCUCUUUGGGCUCUCUCAGCCCACUCAAGAAGGAAUCGAGCGAGUGAUCGAGGACGUGAGGAAAAAACAUAAAAAUGCACAACGGCUUACUUGGAUCAAUCUUCGUGAGGAACCUCUAAUUUACAUCAAUGGAGUCCCGUAUGUUUUGAGGCUUGAGGCUGUGGGACUUCGAAACCUGAAAUCAUAUGCCGGAAUUUCGAGUCCUCGACUUGAAUUGCUCGAGGAUCGAUUGAAGUCUGAUAUUUUGGCGGAGUUGCGGGCUUUUGACGGUAGAAUCUUGUUACAUACAGAAACCGACGACGGAUCAGUCAUCGGGGUGUGGGAGACGGCAACGGAGAGUGCAGUGAAGACAUUGCGAGAGCUAAUGGACGAAAAAUCGAAAUCACUUGCAGAUGUGUGCAAGCUGGACUUUAGACGCCAACCUAUCACAGCAGAAAAAGCUCCCGAUUUCGAGGACAUCAAAGAUUUGAUCGGGAUCGUCUCAGAUGCGGAACCGGACGCACCGUUUAUCGUGAACUGUCAAUUGGGAAGAGGGAGAUCUACCCUAACGUGUGUUUGUAUUCUAUUAAUUCAGCAAUGGUUGGCACAUGGCGGCGGCAAGUUCGCGUUUGCAGAAGUCAACAAUCGCAAGCCAAGCAGAUGGUCCUACCAGACGAUCAACAACUUGAUUAGAGUCAUGAGGAAUGGACGUGGUAUCAAGACUGCAGUAGAUGCUGCUAUCGAGAAAUGCUCGGCCGUGUAUGAUUUGAUCGAAUCGAUCGAAGUUUGUAGACUGGAUGCGGAGAAGUGUGGUGACGAUUCGGCAGCUAAGGAGAAAAAGACCAAAAAAGGUCUUUCCAACCUACGUCGAUACGCAUUUUUGUUGAUCUUCGCUUGCUACUUGAAUGAAACAAAAGCAGACACUUGGAGGGAACUUCAGAAUAACAAAUCUUUCGAAGCUUUCUGGCAGCAACACCAAGUAUUCAAGACGCUCUUAGAUGAAUUGAACGGCGCCGAGAUCCAGGCGCUGACUCCCUUAGAACUCGGUACUUUUGCCUCCCAUGGAGGAGAUUGGACCGAAGAGGAGCAGACCGUUGUAGCUCGACGGUCGGGGAUUAUUUUAUCAGCGCAGACAAUCUUGAAGUCGGAUUUCUUUGUUGGUUUGCAAAAGAUGACCCUUCCGAUGAGGGUGGAAGGGCUCCCUAAUAUAAGGCAAGUCCCCAUAAGCCUUAAAGGUCAACAAGCAGCUGGCGAUCAAUCAAUUUUCGGCUCUGGAAUGCCUACCGUGGAUGGCCUUCGGCGUGGCUUGGAAAAGAUGGGUGCGAUGAAACGGAUGGUGUAUUGGACGUCAAUGAGAGAGGAACCAGUAUUAUAUGUUCAGGGUAGACCCCAUGUGCUUAGAUUGUUCGAUCAACCGCUUGAAAAUGUGGUGACAACCGGGGUCGCUGCGGCGGCUGUUGAAGGAAUGGAAGAUGCGUUGAAGAACGACGUCUUGAAUGAAAUCAUUGAUCGUGGUGGGAGAAUCUUGUUACAUGAUGAAGUGGAAGAGAACGGCAAAUUCAUCGUGACUGCUGUCUGGGAAAUAGUUGAUCAGAAGCAGAUCAUGACUCCCCGAGAAGUCUUUAAUCUGAUGAAAGAUGAAGGCUUCCUCGUCGACUACGCCCGUCUACCCGUGACGGAUGAACAGGCGCCGAUUCCAGGGGUCUUCUCGAGACUCGAACAGCGAGUGACACGGGCCUUGAAGUCGAUCCCAGAGGAGGAACUGGCGGCCCACCUGGUCUUUAAUUGUCAGAUGGGCCGGGGUCGAACGACGACCGGGAUGGUGGCAGCCAUGCUGGUCGCCAACAGCCUGAAAAUGAACAAGACUACGAGACUUGAACGGACGGGGAGCAUAUCGUCGCUUGCCUCAGCCGAUCUGUCGACACCCGCGCCGGGUUCGCCGCACUCGCCAACUCUUUCAAUUGGUGGGGACACGUGGGAUGUUCCGCAGGUGAACCCAUACCUGGAAGGCGAAUAUAAAAUCAUCUUGAGCUUGAUCAGCGUCCUUCCGUACGGCCGCUUAGCGAAAAAGUUGACAGAUCGGGCAAUCGAUGCGAUGGAUUCGGUUCAAAACCUACGGAAGGCAGUCUAUGACUUCAAGCUUAGAGCCGAGGCUGCCGAGCCUGGCAGUGAGAAACAACGCAAGAUCCUUACAGCAGCCACCAAUUACCUAUAUCGGUAUGGCUCGUUGAUCGCGUUUUCGAACUGGUUACUGGAACGCCAACUGGCAAGCUCUCCAGCCGAAGACACGAGCACGACUCCGACCAAGAGUAAUGCCAAGUCGACGUACCCUCAAUCGGCUGAUGAUGGGAUGAAGACGUUCCCCGAAUGGCUCAACGACCACCGGGAAGUAUUGCACAUCUUGCAGAAGCGUAGCCUUGAAUAA